GAAUACUAAAUAAUAAAUGUCAUAAACCUCUGUUUUGUCUUUUCUUCUUCUUCUGCCACCAUCAUCUCAAUCUUCAUGUGUGGCCUUUUAAGAUCAUCUUCUCUAUUCUUGCUCCUCUUUCAUUUUUCUCUGUGAUUGAUUGAUUCUAUCUUUUUUGCAAUCACAAACAAUGUCUAACCGUUCAUUCAAGAACUUCAUAGAAGAAGAACUUGGAACAUUCCCACACUUGUUCAUCUACGCUAUCCUUGAAUGGAUCAUCAUCAUCCUCCUCUUCAUCGACGGCCUCCUCGCGUUCUUCUCCAACCAAUUCGCCAGGUUCUUCAACCUCAUAACCCCUUGCCUCCUCUGCACUAGGCUUGACCAUGCUCUCGUCAAAACAAACCCUGACUUCUAUUACAACGACUCCAUCUGCGACUCCCACAAGAGGAACAUCUCUUCUCUAGCUUACUGUCAUGUCCACAAGAAACUCUCCGAGAUCAAACACAUGUGCGAAGGGUGUCUCCUCUCUUUCGCAACCGAGAAAGAAUCAGAUGUUGAUACCUACAAGUCUCUUAUUGGUAUCUUGCAUAAGGAUCUCGAGCUUCUUAUCGAUGAACGUGAGCUUCAGCUAGCGUUUCCGGUUGCGGGUUCGAAGAAGGACGAAAACUUUCACAGAACUAACAAUAGGUUGCAGAAGCAGCAAAAUUGUUCUUGCUGUGGAGAGUUCUUGAAGAUCAAAACGGAGAAACCGAAGAAUAAUAACAAUCAAUCUUUCUUUGCUGGUCCUAGUCCUUCUCCUAGAGUUUCAUUCAACCAAAGAACUUUGGACUUGUCUCAAAUCAAAUACUCAGAACUACCUGAGGGGGAAGAUUCUGUUAACAAUAAAGGUGCCUUGGGGGACACGGUUGAUGAUAGAACACCAAGUUUUGUAAAAGGAGGGAACAACAAUAGGUUCUUUGGGAUACCUCUCUCUGAUUCAGCUCUGAACAGUCCAAGAUGGUCUGUGAGAUCUAUGAAGAAGUCUCUCAUCGAUCAAAAUGGCGCGGAGAGCGAAGUAUUAGAUGGAGAUUCAAUACUUCAUCAUUUAAAGAGGCAGGUUAGAUUGGACCGCAAGUCAUUGAUGGAUUUGUAUAUGGAGUUAGAUGAAGAGAGGAGUGCUUCAGCUGUUGCGGCAAACAACGCGAUGGCUAUGAUCACGAGGCUACAAGCGGAGAAAGCUGCGGUUCAAAUGGAGGCAUUGCAGUAUCAGAGAAUGAUGGAUGAGCAAGCGGAGUAUGAUCAAGAGGCUUUGCAGUCUAUGAAUGGUUUGUUGGUUAAGAGAGAAGAGGAUAUGAAAGAGCUUGAAGCUGAAAUUGAAGCUUAUAGAUUGAGAUACGGAUUGUUGAGAGAAGAAGAAGUCGGCCAAGGAAGAGAGCCAGAAGAGUUUCUUGAUGAAACUAAACCGGUCUUGGAUUUGCCGGUUUGUUCUUCAAAUGGUGAAGAAGACUUGGAACACAAGCAAGAUUCAGCUGAGGAGCCUAAAGCCAACAAUGAUGGGAUCAUAGAGGAAGAAAGAGAUGGAAGCAGAAAAGCUGUGUUAGUGAAGGAGAUUACAGAGAUUACAGAGAGACUGAGUGCUAUUGAAUCAAAAGGUGAAUUGUUGCAGCAAAUUUCAGAAGUUUUAGAUGUUAGUGAAGGAGAAGCAAUCCUAUAUCAGAUAUCUCAAAAUCUGCAUAUGCUUCGUAGUUUCAUCGAAAUGCCAUCAGAAUCAUGAAAUCUUUUUUUACUUGCUUUCUUCUAUCAUCAGAAGAAAUACAAAACAACGUCCUUGUAUCAAAAUCUGUAUACUGAAAUUAUAUAUUACAGCAAAGCUUUUCUCUGCCUUUUUUGUUUCUUACUUCAAUU